GAUUGUGCGCUCUUAACUAAUCCUGAGUAAGGUGGCUAAUUUGACAGUCUUUUCAUGCUGCCUCUGCCACCUUCUUGGUCAGAAGAUAUCAUUUCAACUUUAACUCAGCAUGAUCGAAACAUACAGCCAAACUUCUCCUCGAUCUGUUGCCACUGGACUGCCUAUCAGCAUGAAAAUUUUUAUGUAUUUACUUACUGUUUUUCUAAUCACUCAAAUGAUUGGAUCGGCAUUUUUUGCUGUGUAUCUUCACAGAAAGUUAGACAAGAUAGAAGAUGAAAGGAAUCUUCAUGAUGAUUUUGUAUUCAUGAAAACAAUACAGAGAUGCAACAAAGGCGAAGAGUCUUUAUCCUUGCUGAACUGUGAGAAAAUUAGAAGCCAGUUUGAAGGCUUUGUCAAGGAUACAAUAUUAAACAAAGAGGAGAAGAAAGAAAUCAGCUAUGAAAAGCAAAAAGGUGAUCAAGAUCCUCAAAUUGCAGCACAUGUCGUAAGUCAAGCCGAUGGGAAAACAGCAUCUGUUCUACAGUGGGCCGAAAAAGGAUAUUACACCAUGAGCAGCAACCUGGUAACCCUUGAACACGGGAAACAGCUGACCAUUAAAAGACAAGGAUUCUACUACGUCUACACCCAUGUCACCUUCUGUACUAAUCGGGAACCUCCGAGCCAAACUCCAUUUAUAGCCAGUCUCUGUCUGAAGUCCACGAGUGGCUCCGAGAGAAUCUUACUCAGGGCGGCGAAUACCCACAGUUCCUCCAAAUUUUGUGGGCAACAGUCCAUUCAUCUGGGAGGAGUAUUUGAACUGCAACCAGGUGCUUCGCUGUUUGUCAACGUGACUGAUCCAAGCCAAGUGAGCCAUGGGACCGGCUUCACGUCUUUUGGCUUGCUCAAACUCUGAACAGUGCACCCUUCCAAGCUGCGGCUGAGCUGGCACUGGCAGUCUUCCCAAUACAGCCAAGCAGUUGAGACCACCCCCACGGAACUGCCUAUUUAUAACCCUAGGAUCCUCCUCGUGGAGAACUAUUUAUUGUACACCCCAAGGCAUGUAGGGCUGUAAUCAGUGAAUUGCAGCGUGGGCGAGACCCUAACAGACCCCGCUCAGUAAGAGCUUGUAUUCUGAAGCAGUAACCCCACUGAUGCAGACACCCGGAGAGUCCUGUAAGAAGACAAGGCCAGUAUGCACAGAUAGAAUCCUGAGUAAACAGCAGAUAAUUAGUCAAGUUCAGCUUUGUUUCUCUAUGUGCAAUGUCUCUCAGUGGAUAAUGUAUUUGAUUUACUGGCGAAGAUGCAAAAGUAAGAAUGGAGAGCCUCGGCUCACAUUCAAUUCUGGCUGACCCUGCAGCUCGGAUGGAAGAGGCCAGGCACUAGAAAGUCUCUCAGGGUGGAGAGCUGAGAACCCAGUGCCCACCACUGCCUAACACUUAUUCAUCCUCUCCCUCUCUCUCUCUCUUCCUCCUCCUCCUCCUCUUCUUCUUCCCUACCCUCCCAAUCUUAUUCUCUGUCUCUCUCUCUCUGUCUGUGUCUGUCUGUCUCUCUCUCUCACACACACAUACACAUACCUGCACGUGCGCGCGCGUGCGUGCGCGCACACACACACACACACACACACACACACACACACCAGCCAGGCUGUUGCCACUCGGUUACCAUAUUUCUCCCAUCCCUUAUUUCUAAGCACUGUAGAUGAGGGGAAGAGUGGCCCGAGCCUGCCCCUCCUCAUCGCAAAAUGACUGUAUUUAAAGGAAAUCUACUGUAUCUCCCUGCAGUCUCCACUGUUUCCAGAGUAAACCUGUGUUUAUCUUGUUAUUUAUUUUUGAGUAAUAAAGAUCCUUUAACAUU